AUGUGUGUAGUAGAUAUAAAAACGGGCCUGAGCGACCAGGAACCUCUGUUCCUGCGCCCCAACAAUCAACUGUGGAUCCCGGAUGGACCGGCUUUGAAGUGGGACGAAUGGGAGUCGACGCCCAUCGCUUGUCCGGGAGAUGAUGGGAAAAAUAUUAUUGUCAAAACUGGAAGGCCUAAGUCGACCAUUACCUGCGUGUCCGGUACGACUUUUAGACUUGGCGACCUGACUGAACAUGUGGACAUUGCCGACAUUAAAUGCCAGAGCCGGCCGACGGGUAGUGUGCAGAACACUGGUCAGGACUGUGGUGGUGGUGGUACUUUGCUGAACGUGGGAUUCCAGGUGGAUACGGUCGAUUUUGUGACGUACUUUCUGUCGUGUUAUAACAUGCAAACGGCUUCCGUAAUCUACACUUUCCAUGUGAUCGCUGGUGGUGCUAUUAACAAUAAAGUCCCUGUCACAAAGAAAGACAAGAAACGACCGGCGUUCAAGGCUGCCCAAGUGCCACCGGACCUUUCACCGGCAACCGCCUACGACCAAGGUGGACAGUUCGAUCUUUUCACGCAGCUGCUUGGAUCAGAGGUUCAGGCGCAAUACUUCAGCACCGACAAAUCCUACCUGUCCCGUGGCCAUCUGACUCCCGAUGCAGACGGUAUCUUUAGGCCUUGGAGGUGGGCCACCUACUUCUUCGUCAACGUGGCACCUCAGUGGCAGGCCACUAAUGGGGGCAACUGGGUGGAGGUGGAGAACGCCGCACGUACCGUAUCUGGCCGGCUUAACGAGAAGGUGCUGAUCUUCACCGGGGUGCAUGGUGUCCUAACGCUACCGGGCGUCGACGGAUGGUGGAAGACGAUCACACUCGCGGCUGGCAGAAUCCCGGCGCCGAAGUGGUACUGGAAGGUCAUCAAAUCGAAGAGUAAGGACGCCGCGAUUGCGCUGGUCAGCCUCAACGAUCCGUUCCGCAAGAUAAAACCCUGGGAGAUGCUGUGCGAGGACGUUUGCAAUCAGUACGGCUGGUCCAACCCGAACUAUCGUAAAUUUGAGCUAGGCUACACCUACUGCUGCACCGUUGCUGAUCUGCGUGCGCACAUCCCCAGCAUUCCUGCCGAAGCUGAUGCUGCUUACGUGUUAAGGUAUGAUGAGGACAUCGGCUCCGCAACCAGACCCGUCCAUGACGAACUCCGGUAA